AUGUGUUUUGUGCUAGUGAAUCACUGCAUUUCACUCGUUGCUGAUUGGAACAGUUCGGUUUCUUUCACGCUACUGUCCAAUUGUUAUGUACUGAAAUCAGUUACUUCUCAGUUCUCUCUCCAUGCUGAUAAAUUUGUGCCAUUUCUCUGUGCUGUUGAUGCAUUUCAGGAACAGCUGAGGGAGAAGCAAAAGUUAGCACAUAUGCUGUCCAGCCUUAUCAAGAUUGCUGAAGAGUUCAGUGUUGCAGUGCACAACACCAACCAAGAUGUCUCCUUUUGUGUUCCACUGAUUGCUGAUCCAAGUGGUGGUAUAUUCAUAACCAGCAGGUGGUCACUCUGGCCACCUGUUGUGCAUGACACCAUCAAAUUGGUGCUGAGGAAAGGCAAGGGCGAGCGGUGUGUCUGCAGUCUUUGA